CUGCUGGGAUGCGACUCCGGCUGUACUCCGUCCUUCGGUCCUUGUUCCGUCAGGCACUGUGAGGGGUCAACGUGAGGUCGGUGGGGUUAAUAACGCGGCGGUGGUGGCUCCUCCUUCAAGAUCUGAGCAGGGUGGCAGGACAGGAUGUACACGCUGCUUUCGGGGUUGUACAAGUACAUGUUCCAGAAGGAUGAAUACUGCAUUCUGAUCCUGGGCCUGGACAAUGCUGGGAAGACGACCUUCCUGGAACAGUCAAAAACACGGUUUAACAAGAACUACAAGGGGAUGAGUCUAUCCAAAAUCACCACUACCGUGGGUCUAAACAUUGGCACUGUGGAUGUGGGAAAGGCUCGUCUCAUGUUUUGGGACUUAGGUGGGCAGGAAGAGCUGCAGUCUUUGUGGGACAAGUACUAUGCAGACUGCCAUGGUGUCAUCUAUGUCAUUGAUUCCACUGAUGAGGAGAGGCUGUCAGAGUCAAAAGAAGCAUUUGAGAAGGUGGUUUCGAGUGAAGCACUGGACGGUGUUCCCAUCCUGGUGUUGGCCAACAAGCAGGAUGUGGAGACUUGUCUCUCCAUUCCUGACAUCAAGACUGCAUUCAGUGACUGUACCUGCAAGAUUGGCCGGCGAGAUUGUUUGACCCAGGCCUGCUCUGCCCUCACAGGCAAAGGAGUUCGAGAGGGCAUCGAAUGGAUGGUGAAGUGUGUCGUGCGGAAUGUUCACCGGCCACCACGGCAGAGGGACAUCACAUAAGCACCUCCAACUUCACAGUCUUGGACUGUUCGUCGUCCCCUAGUAUUGGAAGAGUAUUCUCUGCUGGCUUCUGUCCUGUUGAUGUUGGGGGUUGAACUGGCUUUGUCUGUUCAUUCUUUUAUUUGCUUUAUGUUUUCUCUAAGACAAACUUUUCUCUGUGUCUGGAAAAGUGUAGGUAUUCAGAGACAAACAUGGGGCAUGCUGACAGUCCAGAUCUAUAUGCCCUACACCUCCAUCCCCUGACCCAGAUCUAGAGCCCUGCCUGACAGGUCAGGGUCUGGAACCCUCCCCCAACCUUGUGAGGAAGGGGAGGCAUGAGGCCACACCUAGGCCUGUUAGUCCAUUCCAAAGUGGAAUUUGAGGUCAUCCUGCUUGAAAUGGGGGAUGGGGUGGGGGGUGGGAUGUCUGUGGCAGCUGCUUUGUUCAGCUUGCCCAUGGAGGAGGGAAUGGCCAAGGCUAAUCUCACUUGGAGAAAGAACCCACAUCCGAGAGGCCAACACGGCCCCUAGUUGUUUUGUGUGGAGUUGGAUGUGUGUGUGGGAGGGACAGGAUUUCUCUGUAGACCCAGUUAACCUGGAACUCUGCCUCCUUCCCUAUAUCUGUGAGAAUUAUAGGUAUGGGGCAUCACACCUAGCUUUCUACUAGAUUCUGCUACUCUCAGAACAGGGUUCAGUAGACCUGCCUGGGAAGCCAAACUUCCCUUAUUAACUUGUUCUCAGUCUGCUUUUAUGUCCAGAGACCUGAUCUUGCUGUGUAUUUCAGUACACCCAUGCACAGGUUGUGUAGUAUCCUGGGGGCACAGAUUUCACUAUGUCAAACUAGUACAGGUUCUAGCUAGUACAGGUGGGUACCCCAUGUUUGAGUAAGGUGAGCUGGGUCCCUACAGAGUCCAGGUCAGUGAAAUACUGGGUUUGCAUUUCCAGAUGUGUAUGUUCCAUGUAAGGUGCAGGCUCCUGGGGAGGCAGCAACUGUGCUGGGGCUGGCCAUGCUCACUAGACCUACUGGGUCAAAAUUUUCAUCAUGUGGUCAGGACAAGGUUUAAAAUAAAGGCUGCCUAAGUGGCUCCUGUCCAACCAUCUCUUCAAGCAGUUAGAUGGUGGUUCCCUACUGUCUGGGCUGGCGGCUAUAGCCAGAACCUGCUAUUCUGGAGUACCUUCUGAGUAGGAUCCUCUCAGGGAGGUUUGGAGUUGUGGCUAAGCCACAGGUUAAAAAAAAAACAAACUAGUGAUUCCUUGUCCAAGGCCAGGUCAGUCUCCCCACGGAGGCCUGGGAGGGGUGAUGGAAAAGUUAUGAAUCAGGUAUAUGCUCUCAUUCAAGAGCAUAUAUUUAUUAUGCUAAAGCUGGGUUGAAUCAUUCCUAGGGAACCCUCCUAGGAAUUAAGAGUAGGUUGCUUAUAAAAUGGUCAAGCUAAGGGGAAGUCUUAGCAGAGGGUACCAGACAUCACUGGUGUCUUUGUGGCCGUCUUUACUCAAUUUCGUCAAUACUGGAGAAUAGGGGCUCCAUGGGGUGACCCUUGUGGGCAGGGAACAGAUGUGUCUUCCUAUGGAUGGUGGUCAUCCUGGUGUUGUGGAGCUUGCUGGCUUGGAAACAUAGUGGGAUGAAGCUUCCCACAACUUGAGAGCAAUUGUUUUUCUGAAAGGAUUAGCUUUAUAAAAUGCAAAUACAAAGAAGUCUAAGGUU